CAGCCACUUCAACAACUCAAACAAGAAGCGCUACUAGGCGUGCACAAAGUACGCCAACUACACUUCAGUCAAUAAGAAUGAUUUUCUAAAAGUCAAAGUAGCGCUAAUAAUGCGACCGGCUUUCCUGAGCAGGCAGCAGUUUUAGAAUUUAUUGUGCGGGAUAAUUUGUGAUGGCUACUACUGAGAUGGAAUCUGGGUCUUCGGAUAGCAGAUCAGAGCAAGGGACAGCCGACCCCGAUUCAAAGUACCCACUGAAAGUACUUUAUUGUGGAGUGUGCUCUCUUCCUACUGAGUACUGUGAGUACAUGCCUGAGCCAGCCAAAUGUAGGCAGUGGCUCGAGAAGAACUUUCCAGAUGUGUUUGCCAGGAUGACUGUUGGUCCGGCAGCAAAUGCACCCAAGCAGGAACCCGGCACUGGAGAUGCUCCCCCUGCAGGCGAGGAGGAGGAGAAGAAGAAGCAGAAGAGAGGUGGAAGAGGCCAGAUCAAACAGAAAAAGAAGACUGUGCCUCAGAAAGUCACAAUAGCAAAAAUCCCAAGAGCCAAGAAGAAAUACGUCACACGGGUGUGUGGCCUGGCGACAUUUGACAUCGACCUUAAAGAGGCUCAGCGAUUCUUUGCCCAGAAAUUCUCUUGUGGUGCCUCAGUCACAGCCGAGGAUGAAAUAAUCAUUCAGGGAGAUUUUACAGACGACAUAAUUGACGUCAUUCAAGAGAAGUGGCCUGAGUGUGUUUUAGGGUCUUUUUUGCAUUUGAUGGCAGCCAAAAAGAGAGUAUCUCCAGCUUUAUAUUUUAAAUGUGGAAAAAGGUGGAUGACGACAGCAUCGAUGACCUGGGAGAAGUCAAGAAGUGAAGACCAAAUAUGCACUUUUACUGACAUGGAUGUGACCUGUAACAGCGACAACCUGGCCAAAUGUACACAUUAAGUCAUUUUAUACCUAUUUUAUUUACUGUACAUACAAAGCUGCGGACUUGGCCACUCACUUGGCAAAUUUUUUUUAGUUAAUAGCUGCUUUCUCUCGUUUGCCAAAGGUGUGGUAUGAUGUGAAUCCUUCCCAAAUGUUCUUCACUCAAGCAAAACUGUAGGCUAAUAAAUUUCAGUCUCCUUCGCCUGUA